GGAACCAGGAAGUGCCGAGGAGUCGCUGCUUGCAAAGGGAGAGUAGAGGUGGCGGGCGAUCCGGCUGCGUGGAAGGCGUCCGAAGCAAGGAUGUAGGGUUCGGCGAAGGCCUGCUGUGGCUCCUCCCCUUCCCUUGGCUUUGGGGUACCAGGCUACCCAGGGCCCUGGGAAGAAUCCACAGGAGCAGCCGAUCAUGCACUAGAGGGGAGGACCGUCCUUCCCCCUCCUCUUGGCCAUGAGAGCGUGAUGGAUCACAACACCUUCUACAUCCAGCUGUGGUGUCCCCGCCCCUUUGGCACCUACUCCGAGAACAAGCCGUGCCGUGGCAACCAGGGGAAGAAAAGUUUCGGGGACUUUGCCUGCAAAGCCAAAGAGGAAGAGGGGGAGAGUGGCGAGCUCUCUUCGGAAAACACCCCUCCAGCUCCGCCUCCCCCGCCGCCUCCCCCGCCUGCUUCCUCCAAUCCCGGUCAGGUGGAGGAGGGCCGAGUCCUCUUGGACACCUGGUAUGUGAUCAAGCCGGGCAACACGAAGGAGAAGAUCGCGUUCUUCGUGGCCCACCAGUGCAGCAGCGGCAACAGGGCCAGCGCCAUGAAGGUCAAAGGAAACUGGGGGAGCGACAGCUCCAAGGCCAAACGCCGGCGGAGGUCGCACGAUCCCGCUCAGAGUAAAGCCUGCCCGGUCAAACCCAAGGACAGUGGCAGCAAGGAAGCCGAGGAUGUUUGCCUUUGGCCCGAGUCCCACACUGACCCUGCCGGCGGGGAUGCCACCGACCUGCUCUCGGUGGCAGAGAUGGUGGCCUUGGUGGAGCAGCGGACGGCGCGGGCAGAGCAGAAUUGCUCCAGGCCGAGUGCCCCGCCGUCCCCGAUGGUUUUUGUAUCUACGGAGCAAGAGGAGAACGGGGAGAAGAAACCACCAACCUCCGGGGGAAGCUCGGACUGCAGCCGCGUGGCCGAGGCCAUUGCCCACUUUGAGUCGGAGCGCAGCGUCGUGUGUCAGAACGGUCUCCGCCAGGAGUCCUCCGAGUGCGUGGCCAACUCCCAGCACAGCCCUGGCGAAGUUCGCAUUGCCUUCCGUAUUUCCAGCAGCCGAGACCUCCGUUCGCCCUCGGAGAGCGGCUCCGUUCCCCGGCCCAACUGCAUGUUCAUGAGCUGUGGAGGGUCCCCCCACUGGCACCACAGCCGGUCCAAAGACAAGAUCACCUGUGACCUCUAUCAGCUGAUCAGCCCCUCCCGGGAUACCCUUCCCAACAAUGUGGAUUUCCUGUUGGCGAGUGCCUCCCAGGGCUCGGAAGGAUCCGGACGGGAGCCCCCCGAUACGGAGAUGCCGUACCGCGAGACCCAGAACGGCACUGGCAAACUGGACGCUAUCCCUGAAGACAUCCGGGCCCCUGCGGAAAAGAUGGGAGGCUCCCCCGCCUCCACAGCCAGAGACUGUGUGUCCGGCUUCCACGUGGACGUGGUGGUGACGGGCGUGGUGGACCAGUGUGUCUUCUUCGGCAAGGACAGCACCAAGAACAUGAAGGAAGAGACCGUUUGCUUGACGGUGGGUUCGCCAACCCAAGAAGGGCUGUGCGCAUCUUGCGACGAUCCUCCGCCGGGACAGCUCUUCUUCCUCCACGCUCAGACGCCGCGGCAGGAAGACAGCCGCGACACGGACAGCGCGUUCCUGGACUCGUCCAGCGGCGGCGAGGGCGGGCUGGAGAGGGCCGACGGGUCCGUCUUGGAGCCUUCCGUCUCCGACACGUCCUUGUGUCGCCUGUAUCGCCACGUCUCGCACGACUUCUUAGAGAUCCGUUUCAAGAUCCAGCGGUUGUUGGAACCUCGCCAGUAUAUGCUGCUGCUCCCCGAUCACAUCAUGGUGAAGAUCUUCAGUUACUUGCCCACCCAGGCGCUGGCGGCCUUAAAAUGCUCCUGCCACUACUUCAAGUACAUCAUCGAGACCUUCGGCGUGCUGGCCACGGACUCCAAGUGGAACCGCGACCCCUUGUACCGCGGACCCUGCAAGCAGUGCAAGAGACAUUACGAGAAGGGCGACGUCUCCCUCUGCCGCUGGCACCCCAAACCUUACCAUCACGACUUGCCUUACGGACGCUCCUACUGGAUGUGCUGCCGUAGGACGGACAAAGACACGCCGGGCUGCCGCGUGGGACUGCACGACAACAACUGGGUGCAGCCGUGCGAUAUGUUGCGAGAGAGGGCAGCCGGAGGGAGGACGGGAGGUGAGGGGCUUCGAGACGGCGGAAAAGUGGGGUGGGUGGGUGCACUCCCCCCCCCCACUCCACCCCGCCCUCUUUUUCUCUCCUGUCUUAAUUCUCCAUGCGUGUGCGAGAGAGUGCGAGUGCGUUUUACAACAGCUCUGGCCUGCAUGUGUGUGUGUGUGUGUGUGACUGUGUGCGUGUCUUUUAAAGAAUUGUUUGACCCCCGUCGGCAGGAGGGGAGCGCAGAUUUGGUCUCUGCUGCUGCCCUCGUGCUCCAAAUGAACUGCGGAAGGAAAUUGAAGAAGUAAAGGAGGGAGAGAAAAUAACACACGUGUAUUAAAAAAAAUAAAUAUAUGUACAAAGAGUCACGAGGCCCCUUUUAAAAUAAUAUAUAGGGUUGAUGAAGGGGAGGGGCGCGUGUCUGUCAGUCGCUACGGCUCACCAGAUUUGGGGAGAUUGCCCCCAAUGAGCUCCUUUAUCCUUUAAAAGAGGGGGGUCCAAUCUUGGCAACUAGAAAACCUGUGGACUUCAACUCCCAGAAUUCUGGGAGUUGAAGUCCACAAG